AUGUUUUUUAAUGAUUUAUAUGCUUUAUUAGUUUAUUUUAUUUGUGCAAUUGUAGUUUCUUAUAUUGCAUUCUUAAUUUCCUAUAUUUUUGGUAUACGUGCUAACGAUUCUAACAAAUUGUCUGCUUAUGAAUGUGGUUUUACUCCAUUCGAAGAUGCUCGUAAUACUUUUGAAAUUCAUUUUUAUUUAGUUGCUAUUUUAUUUUUAAUGUUUGAUUUAGAAAUUUCUUUUUUAUAUCCUUGGGCAGUUUCAUUAUCUGCAAUUUCUUUUGUAGGUUAUUUUGCUAUGGUUGUUUUUUUAAUUAUUUUAACCUUAGGUUUUGUUUAUGAAUAUAAAAAAGGUGCCCUUGAAUGGGAAUAA